CGCAGUCUUCAGCCCAGUUCAGCUCUCCGGCUCCAUCAGCUGGGCACAGGCUACUCCGUGUGCCAUAUUGUCUCCGAGAGAGCAAAAUAACUAAUUUCUACGUCUCAGAAAAGGAGGAGACUGUCGCCACGACUGAGAGGAAUACCUUCCGACAGGCCAAUUUCACCAGAGAGCUGUACAGAGGCGCCACCUUCACCUGUGGCCCCCUGCCUGCAGCACGUCCCCCGCUGUCCUCUGUUGAUUCUCUGUAGUGAUAAAGCACCCUCUCCACCUCUGCCAAGCUGUCGGACAUGUCUGGACCUGUGCCGAGUCGGGCCCGCGUUUACACGGAAGUGAACACGCACCGACCCCGAGAAUACUGGGAUUAUGAGUCUCAUGUUGUAGAGUGGGGAAAUCAAGAUGAUUUCCAGCUAGUUCGGAAGCUCGGACGUGGAAAGUACAGUGAAGUGUUUGAGGCGAUCAACAUCACAAACAACGAGAAGGUGGUGGUAAAAAUUCUCAAGCCUGUGAAGAAGAAGAAAAUAAAGCGUGAGAUAAAGAUCCUUGAGAACCUGCGAGGAGGCCCUAACAUCAUCUCCCUUAUAGAUAUUGUGAAGGACCCAGUGUCUCGAACGCCUGCCUUGGUUUUUGAACAUGUGAACAACACAGACUUUAAGCAAUUGUAUCAGACACUGACAGACUAUGACAUUCGGUUCUACAUGUAUGAAAUCCUAAAGGCUCUUGAUUACUGCCACAGCAUGGGCAUUAUGCACCGUGACGUGAAACCACACAACGUCAUGAUUGAUCAUGAACACAGGAAGCUGCGCCUUAUUGAUUGGGGUCUUGCUGAGUUUUACCAUCCGGGGCAGGAGUACAACGUCAGAGUGGCUUCCCGCUACUUCAAGGGACCAGAGCUUCUGGUUGAUUAUCAGAUGUACGACUAUAGUCUGGACAUGUGGAGUCUUGGUUGCAUGCUGGCCAGCAUGAUCUUCAGAAAGGAGCCCUUCUUUCAUGGUCAUGAUAACUAUGACCAGUUGGUCAGAAUAGCCAAAGUCCUUGGAACUGAGGACCUCUAUGAUUACAUCGACAAAUACAACAUAGAACUUGAACCCCGCUUCAACGACAUCCUAGGAAGGCAUUCCCGUAAGCGAUGGGAACGCUUCGUCCACAGCGAAAACCAGCACCUGGUUAGUCCAGAGGCCCUUGACUUCCUGGAUAAGCUUCUGCGGUAUGACCAUCAGGCCCGACUGACUGCACGAGAGGCCAUGGAACACCCAUACUUUUAUCCGGUCGUAAAGGACCAGUCUCGGAUGGUAGGCUCUACUAACGUGCCAGCAGCUAACACUGCAGUGAGCGCCGCCAGUAUGAUCACAGGGAUAGCCGCACUUCCAGCCUCCACAGCCCUGGGUCCACUGGCGGGCUCGCCCGUCCUCACAGCUGCCAACAACCUGAGCACCCCGGUGCCCGCUGCUGCCGGUGCCCCUCAGUGAUGCCGUUCGUGCCUGCUUCCUCACCUCACCGCGGCCUGGGACCAGGUGAUGAGUGAUUGCCAGUUUGCCAGUCCACACCCACCACCUCCUGGCUCAGUCCUGCGGAGACCUCUGGGACGGUGUUCUUAGAAAGGUGUCCCUAAACCUCCCCUCUACCCGAGCCCCCACCCUAAUAAUCUUCACCUCAAGUUAAACGAACUCUGUACCUGUUUAACAGUUUACCUGAAAACAUGAACCGUUCGGACUACUUUGUGCGUGCCUGUGCGUGCGUGAUGCCUACAGGUAUUCCGUUGUUGUGGCUGGAGUGUAAGCGUGAGACUUUACUCAUUGUUCAAGAAACGUUAGACACCCUGAUAGUAAUAAUUAUGAUGAUGAUGAUGUUAAGCACAUUUUCCCUUCAUGACCUACAGCCAACGAGCACGAACAUGAUUAGCUUUUACUUUAGGAAGGGAUGGAGCGCUUUGGACCAAAAGAAGGAGCACACUGCAAAAUAACUUGACGUUCAGCCACUGAGACUUCAGCUCAGACGUCUCAGUAAAAUAGCGUUGGUGUCUUUGUGUUAAUAUAAUCGUCAAUAGCUCAGUCAUAGUAGGCAAGACAAAGACAAACUGAUCCCAGAUCAGCAUUCAUACCGCCUUUCAACAACUGUGGCCAUAGAGUUUUAAAUGUACUGGUGCUGUAUCGCUGCAGUUUGUGUUGUAUGUUACAACACUCAACUCAUGACCUUAACACGCAGCAGUAUUUUAGGUGGAAGACAUACAUUUUGAUACUGCAACAUGUGGAAGGGGAAUUCCACCAAUUUUUCAAAAUUCCUGCAUCAUUAAAUCAUUAAAAUGACAGUCAUUCAGAGUGGUUUGAUCUGAAAUGUGUGAAACUUACUGAUUCAGCGUUGUUUACAGUGGUUGUGAUGAAAUGUCUGAAGAGUUUAAUGCCUCCAAAAGCUCCCUCAAAAACACUGAAUGGUUAAUACUACAUUGUCUAACGCUUGUCACAUUGUUUUACAAUAGCUUUUCAGAAGGUUUUGGCCUAAAUUGUGUGUAAUGGCAAAGAAAUACAUGUAGGGUGCUGUACGGCAAAAUAGUCCCCAGAGGUUUGUCAGUUUCAGAUUAAUAGUACUUUUAACAUUAGGAUUAACCACUUUUUAAUUGACCAUCAUUAACAUAUAUAUAAUAUAAAAACCCAGACGUAUUGGUACACUGGUCAUUUUAGAUAUUGUCAUUGCAGUUUCUAGAAAACAACACAGAAGUCAGUUAAACAAGUCAGUUAAUUGACUCUUCAAAGUAAUAUGUUUUAUUUAAGAAUCACAACUGGUAAAAACCCACCUGAAACAAGGAUUACAAAAGGUAAACUGUUGGUCCAUUUCUUUGGUCAACACAGUGUAAAGCAGUUAAAUCUGAGUCGGUAAGUUUCUCUACAAUGAAACAUUUCAAACCAUAUCAAACUCCUAAAUUACUUUGUUUACAUCUCGGUUAUUAAAUGCAGAAAGUUUGGAGAAUCUGUGGAAAUCCUCUUUAAUCUUUCGGAGUGCUAGAAGUCAAAAUCCAUUUAAUAUGGAGUACACACUGUGGAUAUCCAUUUAAUAUGGCAAUAUUCUGUCUUAACUCUUUCUGUUUCUUUUUGACAUUCUUUUUUAUUUAAGAUGUCUGCUGCUCCAAACUUGGUCGUUCUAGUAGGUUAAACAGCACCUGUUUAGUAAAGCAGAAGUAGUAGAAUCUCCUAAACAUCUUCCACACCCAAUAACACAAGGUCCUUUUGAGUUUUCACUUGUUGUUUGUGGAGAAAACACAUGAAGCGUUCAUAAAUAUAUUUUUUCUCAUGAAGCGAAAGCUUCUGAUGUUCAAGCUGGUUAAAAUAGAUUUGAGGCUGCAGUUCAGCAGUUUGUAGAAUAACAGUGGGGCUAUUAUGAGGAUAUUUGCAAAUUUAAAACAGUUGAAUAAUGCAAAUAUUAUUCUAGAACAUUAUGGCAAGUGAUAUAGCAUAAAAUACCCUGUUCACACCUGGUGUUAAAAUCUGUUUUAAGUUAUUUGAUCAUAAGUGCACAGUGAGAUGUUUACACCUGGCAUCUCCAUGGCCAUGUUCGGACUGCAGGUGAAAGUGGCCCAAAUGCGAGUUUUUGUUUUGCUGUCCGCAGUGUGAAAAUAUGAUGCGUAUUAAGUUGGAUUGAUGUGAAAACGUGAUUAUGUCCAGUCUGACUGGUCAGAGUUCACAUUGCUGGAUUCAGCUCCACAUAUGAAAGAGGAUUGAAUCUGAACUGAAACUCUCAGAUUCAGUGUUAUGGGCAACAGUGUAAACAGUAAUAAAAAAACAAAUCUGUGAGAUCCGAGAUCAAAUUUGGGCCACGUUUACCUGCAGUGUGAAUGUAGCUCAUGUGUCUCCAGCGACUGCUUGUGAUUGCAGGAAGAGUACCGUGCACAUUUUCUGCAUCAGUCUCUUACUGUGUGUGUCGUCAGACAAUAUGUUGCCAGUUCUUGUUCAUUUGAUGGUCCUGGCUGUUACAAAAAGUUUGAAUUACAUGGACUGCAACAAAUAAACAAACAGGAGACAAUGACAGAAGCUGUGCAGCUGGUUUUGUCUCUGCUGUGAGACUCUGUUGAUUAAAUGGGCUUUCAUUGUUAUUUGGGAUGCAUCAGGACAAUUAAGCAAUGAGGUCGUAUUGACCACCCGGCUAUACUUUUCAGCAGGCCUGGCCUGAAUAGCAUUUGACAGACGUAGUGCUUUUAAUCAAGUACUUAAAUACUAGUUCUGAAAAUCGCCCUUAACAGAAAGUCGUGUUUCAUACCUACCAGCUAGUAUCUGGGUAAAAUUCAGUAAACUUACAUUUGAGAUGAUAAACCUCUUAUAGCUAUUGCACCAGGCGUUUUUCUUAUCCUCCAGUAAUUUAAAGUGCUCUUUUAGCAUCAGUGGCUGCAUGGGAAGCAGUGCAGUUUGUUGCGCUGUGACACAGAUUUUUUAUUUUUAUGCGUUUUCCACAUAUUGGCAAUACCUGUUUGAUCUGAAGGCCUUUAAUGGUUAAAUUUAUUUCAGGCUACAAUUUUUUGUGGCUUAAAAAAGACCCUUCUGAACACUAAAUAGAGAAAAAAAUAACAUAACAAAAGAAUAAUUCUGGCCAGCCCUACAUUUCAGCACAUACAGUACUGUGCAAAAGUCUGAGGCACCCAAGUACAUGGUUUAAAACCAUUUAUCUUGGUAGUAGGUGCAUUUCUGUAUAUAGAAAUUCUAAUAAAAAAAAAAAAUACUUGAUCCCAUGUGAGCUUCAUUCAUUGAAUCAGCAUCACGAUUUAAUUUAAUGAAGUAUUGAUUACCCUAAGUAGAUAUAGGAUCAUGACUAAUAAUUCUUCAAGGAUAGGUUUGGAAAUGGUUAAAUGAACACAUUGACAUACAUAAAAUUUCUACUUAUAUAUUAUAUUCACAUAUUAUUUAUGUUAAUUUGUGUUUCUCUGAGCAAAUAAACGUGUUCAUAGAUAAAGAUUUUUAAUUCUAAAUUUCUCAAGGGACUAAAACUGUUGCACAGUACUGUAGUUUUUUUAACACCAAGAAUAAAAAUGUUAUCUGUAAUUAAAGUACCUUUCAUCCUAUUUCAGUUCGUUAUCAUUUUAAAACAAAAAAUAACGUUCAGUGAGCAUAAAGUUCUUCUUGCAUGUUGCAUCCUCACUGAUGAGUGGUGGAAAGUAACAAAUUUAUCUGUACGGUGCUUGAAUUGAUUUUUUUCCAGAAGUUGUACAUUUGAGUAUUUUUAGAUGGCAGUGCUUUUACUUGAGUAAUAUUUGAACCAAAUUCCAUUUUUAUUCCACUGCUUUACUCAUUUUUUGUCCAGUUACUGUUAACGUUGCACUGGGCUCUGAUGGUGCAUCAGACUGCAUAACUUGGCUAUUGAUGAGCUGCAUAUCCAGAGUUAGUUUGCUGAUUUUAUCUCCUUUCAGUUUAAGAUCCAUCAGUGAACAAUGGACACUUACAGUCCAGAUAUAUUGCAAAGUAAUGUUGGCUUGAAGAUCUGAAUAAUUUUGGUUUUAUUUAUUUAUUUUUUUUAGUAAAUCUUUGGAUGAAUAUAUUUUCCAGCAGUAAGGUUACUUCUGCGUUGGUACAGCUUUUCUGUACUCUUUCCACACCUUGGAUUAGUAUUUUUGCUUCUGUUCAAGUGGAUUUUCUCUAAAGCUUUUCACUAUUGUUUCCACCACAGUCAGUAACAGUUCUUAUGGAGUGAUGCGCUGUAGGAUUAGCCUGUGGUUCCACACCCAGCACACAGUAAACGCGCUGCCUACCAGUGAAGUGAUGCCACACGUCCACGGUUAGGGGGCCUUUAGAAGUGGCUGCAUUCUUGUUGGGAGAAAAAGACAACCAGGUCUCUCUAUCCCACUGCUAAGCCACGUAGCAGCCAUUCAGGCCUCUACAUGGUGCCUUGCAUUGAGAAAAUUCUGCAUGACGGCUGUUCUAAAAGAUGUAGUAGUAGUAGUAGUAGCAGGUUCUCUGGGCCAAACGCCUCUGAACUCAACACAAAAAUUCCUAAGCAGAUCAACCACACCACCACAAGGGGAUCACAAAAGAACUAGUGCAUGCCAACACUUCCCAACAAACAAAAUCAUUCUAUUGACAGCAGGCAGCUUUAUGUUCCAGAACCAGAGACGAUGGGGGAGAACAUUUCUAGAACAGUAUGAAUGAGCAAGAACAUUCUAGCAUUGUAGAAACAAAGGAUAACUUUCUAGAACAACAUGAACGGUAAAACUAUGAACAGAGGAGAAAAAUCUAGCACAGUGUGAGUGGUGGGGGGCAAAGUUCCAAAACUGUGUAGAAGAGUUGACAACAGUGUUGACGGGGAGGAAAAUGCUCUACAACAGCAUUGGGCCAGAACAUUCUAGUGUGGAUGUGGAAUAAGAUGCUCUAGUGCAGUAGGUUUGGGGCAUUCUAGUGUGGAUGGGGAAAUGUUCUAGAACAAUGUGAAUGAGGAAUCAAAUGCUCUAGUGCAGUUGCUUUGGGGCUUAACACUCUUGAACAGUGUGGGUGAGGGAGAACAUUCUAGAACAGUGUGAAUGGGGAAGAAAAUGCUCUAGCGCAGUAGGAUUGGGCCUAAAUAUUCUAGAACAGUGUGAAUGGGGAAGAAAAUGCUCUAGCGCAGUAGGAUUGGGCCUGAAUAUUCUAGAACAGUGUAAGGGAGAA